UUACCUCUUACCUAAAUUCCUUGUAAAAGCAGAAACAGGUAUAUCUGUCAAAGUCACUUUCCCCUGCUUUAUCAUAUCUGAGUGUGACUGCAGACUCCAAGGCAGCAGUGAGAAGAGAAAUUGUAAUGAAAGGAAAAAAUAAUGUAAGCAUAAAUAUUAACCAUUUUCUUCAUCUCUCAAAUGCAGAUUAAUGGUGCUGAAAGGCUAGAACAUCCUUCUGGAGCAGUUUACAAAGGGGAAUUCACAUUUCACAGGGCUGGAACCUGCACAUUUCCAAGUGGAGCAAAGUACCUUGGAUUGUUCAAUGAAAACAAUAUGGAAGGUGAAGGAGAAUUUUAAGAGAAAAUGGAGUGGAGUGGCACAUUUCAUGGCUCGGCAGCAGUGGGACUGAAGCAGAAGUUGAAAAUGCAGCUGUUUGGUACAGACAGCACCAUGGGUUAAAGGCAAGUCUCUGGGCUCAACAGCUGUGACCAGUUUUCAACAGGCAUUGAUUUCUUUGUGUCUUAAUUAAAAAUGACCUCUGAGCAUGCACGUUAAUAGCAGAUAAAAUUAUUUUCUUUUCAGACCGAUCAACUGAAGUCUCUUAAGUCUUUAAAGAAAUGAAGUUGGGUAGGGUGAAUUCAUAAGUGCAGCAGUUGCUGACUAG